AUGGUAGGCCCCAAGAAUUCUAUUAAACAGAAUUCCAAUGGCUUUUGGUAUUCUGACGAAUUGGAGGAAGAAUCAGAGUCCUCUCCUCCAUCAAGGAACUUCACUUGCGGGCCAUCUCCUGUUUUCAGUUCUCAACCAAAAUUACCAGCCUCUCCCAAGACUAAAAUAUCCUCUGCAAUGAAAGCUAUUCCAUUUCAUGCCAUAAAUGUUUCUAAGCACCUCAAGACCUAUACCAAAGGGAGAACUUUUCGCAACAUUUGGAUGAGCUUAACUAAUUCUGAUUUAUUAGAGGAAAGUUGUGUGAAGAUACAAAUUCAAAAUUCAGUUGGCAAAAGUUGUUUUCUGAUUCAGAUGAUUGAGGAGCUUGGUGGUUCUCUCACUGCUGAUGGGAGUACAAGCACUGAUGUCAUUACAGGAAAAGUGCGGAAAACUCUAAAUUUUUGUAUUGCUCUCUUUUCAGGACGAGUUGCCUUACAUACUAAUGAUGAUGACUACAUAUCGAAGUAUCGAGCCAGCCUAAAAGCUGCAGGUCUCAGGGCAAAAGCAUGUCCUGGAGCUUUAUUUGAAGGGUAUGAUGUUUGCAUAUCAGCUCACGCUCAACCACCACCUAAAACUCUAUCCCUGAUAGUCAAGUCAGCCGGUGGAAAUGUGAUUCAUGAGCUAGAUAAAGUAAACAACGUAUGGAAGACGAUCUUUGUGGCUUGUGAGGAAGACGUGGAGGAAGCCUUGGUGGCCGUAGAAAAAGGGAUAUGGACUUUCAACGUUGAAUGGCUAAUGGCAUGUAUAAUGAGACAAGAAGUAGACCUGGAGGCCCCUCAAUUUGCUGAGUCCCUAUGAGAAACAAGGUCACCCUAACUUUCAGUUUUGAACAAGCAGCAGCCAGCCAUUUCGUCCUUGUGUAAAUCCACUCUUUUCUCAACUCACUCUAAUUUGGUACAUAAACAAACUCUGAUCGCUCCAUCUCUAUAUUCAUCAGUACAUAAAAGACGAUAAGUUUAUUCAUGGAGAAAGUUGGAUGUAAGUAUGUUUUAGGAAUGGUCCUUCAUUUAGUAACUUUGGGAAUUGUAAAAAUGAGGUAAUGAAGUUCUAUCAAGUUGAAUGUUCUUGUUUAUGUUAGAUGAGACUGAUUCUUGGAUACCAGAAUUAACUUGAAGUACGUGUUUGAGUUCCA